AUGGAUCGUCUUGGAAAAGGUGCAUAUGGAACCGUCUUCAAAUUCCAUAAUCUGACUACUGAUACCUUGUUUGCUGCGAAGAUGUUCCGCGUUAGCGCUUUUCAAGAAUUUGCAGCGGAGUAUUCGAAGCUAAAAGUUCUAAACGCUUAUGCAACGAAAGCCAACAAAUCAAAUAUCGUCAAACUAUUGGGCCUUUUCGAGGUAGAAAAACAUUGUUUCAUCACAAUGGAGCUCCUUCCUCAAUCUUAUACUAUUCUUCGACAAAAAUGGGAUGUUCUUGAUAUUUACACCAUCCGCCGUCUGCUAUUCCAGUUAAUCGAUGGUAUCAUUUUCUACUCGUCUGCUCCGUUCCACUUGGUGCAUGCAGAUUUGAAACCAUCAAAUAUAAUGCUCCGAGGCACCGAUCUCGAUAAUUUUCAAAUCGUUAUCGUCGACUUUGGCAUGGCGAAUAAAUCCCAUAUAUUCAACGAAAACCUCGUCCAAACGAUGGGAUAUCGUGCUCCAGAAGUCGUUUUUCGUGAAAAUAUCGGAAAGCCCAUUGACAUGUUCAGCUUCGGAAUUGUGGCUUUGGAGACAUAUUGUGGAGGCAACGUUUUUGCCGGUAUGACAGAUCCCGACUGCCUCGUUUUUAUGGAGCACAUUCUCGGCAAAUUUGAAUAUUUCCGCAAACGAACUACCGAUCAGAUUCUCUUGACAUGGCUGGAAGAAAGUGCAAAUCGAAUUCCACCCAGCUUGACUUUGAAAAACAUUUUCAAAAUCUAUGUGCCAGACGACGAGAAUAAGAAAAUAGCGGAGGAGUUAUUAUUGGAUUUAAUUGAGAAAUCAUUGAAGGCAUCUCCGAAACGCCGACUCACUGCAAAGAAGGCCUACGAACACAAGUUUUUUAAACCACUGAGAGAUUAA